GCAAGAAGAUAUGAUUUUACAGGAUCUGGAUUAGCAUCGUCGCGAAUUUCUCGUCAUACGGACAUCGACUAAAAUGGCACAAAUCGGUCCAAACAUCAAGUUCAACAACGGCAACGAGGCACCGCAGUUCGGGCUGGGAACGUGGAAGUCGAAGCCUGGGGAAGUAACAGAGGCUGUUAAGUACGCAAUCGAGAUUGGCUACCGUCACAUCGACGGCGCCUGGGCAUAUCAAAACGAGAAGGAAGUUGGAGCUGCUUUGAAAGCAAAAAUUGACGAUGGAACUGUCAAGCGAGAGGAGCUCUUCAUCGUCAGCAAGCUCUGGUGCAAUUUCCACAAAAUUACCAGCGUGGAGAAGGUUCUCAAGAAGACCCUGAGCGACCUGGGCCUGGAGUACCUCGAUCUGUACCUCAUCCACUGGCCAUUUGGUUUCGAGGAGUGUGAGGACUUCUGGCCCACGCACGCCGAUGGAACUUUGAGAGUGUCGGACAUCGAUUACUUGGAGACGUGGGAGGGAAUGGAAGGGGUUCUCCAGAAGGGCCUGACGAAGAACAUUGGAGUCAGCAAUUUUAAUUCGGAGCAAAUUGAGAGAUUGCUGAAGAAUUGCAAGGUCAAACCUGUGACCAACCAGGUCGAGGUCCAUCCGUAUUUGACUCAAAAGGACCUCUCGAAAUUCUGUAAUGAUCGUGGGAUUACAAUCACUGCGUACAGUCCUCUGGGCUCCCCGGACAGGCCCUGGGCCAAACCCGAUGAUCCUAAGCUGUUGGACGACGAGAAACUCGUCAAUAUCAGCAAGAAGUACAACAAAACACCUGCCCAAGUUGUCAUUCGUUACCAGAUUGAUCGCGGACACCUCGUCAUUCCCAAGUCCGUCACAAAGGCUCGAAUUCUAGAGAAUUCACAAGUUUUUGAUUUCAAGCUGAGCCCUGAAGACAUUAAGUACAUUGAUUCAUUCGAUGUCGGUGGACGCAUCUGUCCAAUGUCUGAAGCUACUAAAAGUCCUUACUGGCCCUUCAACAUCCCCUUCUAAUCGCAAGAGGAAUUUAACUCUUCGGAAUAAUCAUUUAUCAAUCAACAAUUCCUCUUUUAUUUAGUUACCCCAAAAAAUGUUCAUUAUCACACCGUUCACAAAUAAAUGAGCGUAAUAAAUGCG